CAUUUCACCAACCUCAGAAGGAUGUAAGGCUGAGUCGACCUUGAUUUAGAAUCUGUCAGAAUUAAAAUAUUGGCAAUCAGCAGAAUUAGCCUGCAAUACUGCAUUCUAAUCACUGUUGCCACCAAGGCUCAUAACUUGAGAACUACCGGUAAUGUUCAAUAAAGGAUCUGGCAAUAGACCUUGAUCCCUGAGGGUGUCUUAGCUUAGGCCUUGAACAUCUCAUGAAACUCACCUUUUUGUUUCUUCUUUUUGUCGCAAUCAGGCGAAAGGUGGGAGGACGAGGACUCCAAGAAGGAGAUGAUAGAGCACUUGCCAUCAGUCAAAAAUGAAAUUGGAGAAAGGAUGUUCCAAUGUCAAUGGGGAGUCCAAAGUCCUGAGGAAAAGCAGUUAAAAGUAGAGCCAGAAAUAGCCCUUGCUUUUCAUCAUGUAGAUAACAAUGCGCUUCUGGCUGAAAAAAAUCACCAAGAAACCAGAAUGUGUCCAGGUUGUGGAAAAAUAUUGAAGGAGGAAUCAGGAUUGUGUGGGUAUUGCAGAAGCCACCCUGUUGAGGCACAACACGUAACUUGGGAAUGGGUCUUUCCUCUUACUUUAAAUCAAAAUAUAUCACUUGAGGAGAAAUUAUAUACAUCUGUGGAAUGCGGAGAGAGCUUCAGCCAGAGUAGCCAACUCAGUGACCAUCAAAAAAAUCAUCUCCAGGAGAAUCCAUAUCAGUCCAUAGAUUGUGGGAAGAGCUUCUAUCAGAAAAGUCACCUUAUGACCCAUGAAAGAAUCCACCAAGAAGAGAAACCACAUCCAUGGUUGGAGUGUGGAAAGAGCUUCAGUCAGAGCAGUUACCUGAUUUCCCAGACGAGAAUCCAUAGUGGAGAGAAACGCUAUCAAUGUUUGGAGUGUGGGAAGUCCUUCUGCCGCAAAAGCCGACUUACUUCCCAUAAGAGGAGCCACACAGGGGAAAAGCCGUAUCAGUGCCUGGAGUGCGGAAAGAGCUUCAGUGAUGCAAGUUACCUCACUUCCCAUAAAAAGAUCCACACUGGAGAAAAGCCAUAUCAAUGUCUGGAGUGUGGGAAAAGUUUUAGCAUAAGCAGUUCCCUCACAUACCAUAAAAGGACCCACACAGGGGAGAAGCCAUACAAAUGUACGGAAUGUGGAAAGAGCUUUGCUGUAAGCAGUUCCCUUAGUUCUCAUAAAAGAAUCCAUACGGGGGAGAAACCGUACCAAUGUCAGGAAUGUGGAAAGAGUUUUAGAAAGAGUUGUUCUGUGACUUCCCACAGAAAGAUCCACAUGGGGAAACCAUAUGAGUGCACAGACUGUGGGCAGAACUUCAGAGACCCGAGUUCUGAGGUUAUGAUCCUUGUGCAGAAAUGUUCUCCAGGGAAGAUGCAAAUUUGUCCAACUUGGAAAUUCUGCAGGUGGAAUAUGUUCAUCAAGAAGAUGACUUGCAAGAUUUGGUAUUGCUUGAGGAACGUAGCUGUGUUUUUCUCCGUGGAGGAGUGGGCCCUGUUGGAUUCUGAGGAAAAAGCCCUGUACCAAGAGGUCAUGCUGGAAAACGCAAGGAAUAUGGCCUCCUUAGGUGACGGAUGGGAGAUGGAGGAUUCUGGCAAAGAGGCAGCAGCACCUUUGUCAAAAGAGAAAAGGGAAGUUGCAGAAAAAAUGGAUGGAAAGCAAAGUUCUGAGGAAAACCUGUUAACAAUUGAGCUGGAGAAUUGCUCUGGUUUACCUUGUGCAGAUACCAAUGUCUUAUUGAACACAGAUGAUUGCCAAGAAAAACAAGUGUGUUCAAGGUGUGGGAAAACACUUCGAGAUGAAUCUGGAUUAUGUGACUGUUGUGAAAGCCUUUCUGGAGAGAACCAAGAUGAAAGCAGACAACACUCUGGAAGGACCCUUCCUCCUCCUUUACAUGAAAUAAUACAAGAAGGAAGAGAAGUGUACAAAUGUACAGAGUGUGCAGAAAGCUUUAGUACAAGCCGCUCUCUUGCAUUGCAUAAAAAGACUCACAAAGCAGAGGAUCCACACAAAUGUCUGGAUUGUGGAAGGACUUUCAGGCAGAAAAAUCAUCUCAGUUCACAUAAGAGGGUCCAUAAAGAGAGGAAGCAGCAUCAAUGGAUUAAUAGGGGAAAGUCCUUCGAAAGCAGCGCCUCCCUUACUUCCCAUCAAAGCCUCCACAGAGAGGAGAAGUUGCAUCAACUCAGGGAGGGGAGAAUGAGGUUUACUCAGAGCAAGAAACCGAAUUCCCAGAAAAAAAGCCCCACUGGGAAUAAGUCAUGUAAAUGCCUGGAAUGUGGGAAGAGCUUCCGCUCUGCAAGUGACCUCACUUGCCAUAAUAGGAUCCAUACAGGGGAAAAGCCAUAUCGUUGCACUGUGUGCGGAAAGAGCUUCACCCAAAAAGGAAGCUUCAAUUUACAUAAGAGGAUCCACACUGGAGAGAAGCCUUAUAAAUGCACAGAAUGUGGAAAAUGCUUCAGGACCUCCAGUGUCCUUAAUUCCCAUAAGAGGAUUCACACAGGCGAGAAACCAUAUGAAUGCUUGGAGUGUGGAAAAAGCUUCAAUAGACUUGAUACGCUAAAUAAACAUAACAAGAUGCAUAAAGGGGAGAAACCUUAUAAAUGCCUGCACUGUGGAAAGAAUUUCAGUCAAAAAGGUCAUCUUAAGUCACACGAGAGGAUUCACACAGGGGAAAAGCCAUUUCAAUGCAUGGAGUGUGAAAAGAGCUUCCGUUUAUCUGGUCAUCUUACUGUCCAUCAGAGAAUCCACACAGGGGAGAAGCCAUUUCAAUGCCUACAGUGUGGAAAGUGCUUUACCAAUUCUAGCAGCCUUUAUGCCCACAAACGGAUCCACACAGGGGAGAAACCAUACAAAUGCCUGGAGUGUGGUAAGAGCUUCUGUAAAUCCAGCCACUUAAGUUUCCAUAGAAGAAUCCACAGUGGAGAGAAGCCAUAUCAAUGUACCGAGUGUGGGAAGUGCUUUGCUAAUCAAAAGAAUCUUAUUGUCCAUAAAAGGACACAUAUGGGUGAAAAGCCUUAUAAGUGCAUCGAAUGUGGCAAAUGCUUCACUGUUUUGGGUUCUCUCUCUCACCACAAAAUACUCCACACCGGGGAUAAACCAUAUGAAUGCCGUACGUGUGGAAAGAGCUUCAAUACAAAAAAUGGCUAUAUUGUACACAGCAGGACCCACACUGGGGAGAAACCAUAUCAGUGCCAGGAGUGUGGAAAACGCUUCAGUGAUUCUAGAGAACUGACAAUCCAUAAAAGGAUUCACACAGGAGAAAAACCCUAUAAGUGCACGGAGUGCGACAUGAGUUUCAGAAGAAGUGGUUACCUUAGUAUCCACAAGAGAAUCCACACUGGGGAGAAACCAUACACAUGUCAUGAGUGUGGGAGAAGCUUUAGACAUAAUAGUUCACUCAGGGGCCAUAGAAAGCUUCACUCAGGGGAGAAACCCUAUAAAUGCCUGGAGUGUGGAAAAUGUUAUAGAGAGAGUGGUCAGCUUACCUCCCACAAUAGGAUCCACACAGGAGAGAAACCGUUUAAAUGCAUCGACUGUGGAAAGAGUUUCAAAGAUGGCAGGAAUCUUAAGCUCCAUAAAACAAUCCACACGGGGGAGAAGCCGUAUCAGUGUGUGGAGUGUGGAAAGAAAUUCAGAAGUUGGAGUGACCUUAAUUGCCAUAAGAGGACUCACAGCAGGAAAAAAAUGAUAUGAAUCGGUUCAUGUUGAUUCUCAAAAUUUGAUUCAUGCCCAUAGAGGUAUCCCAGGAGAAUAUGUAGAAAUGCGUGGAGUAUGGCAAGGUCUUCCGAAGCAGCAGAAACAUCUUGAUUCAUUAAAAAGAAUUCUCUUGUAGAACUAGGUAUUAAGUUUUGGAUAUUAGAUCUUUUUGGUAGAGUAGAGUAGAAUAAGAUUGGAAAUAAUAAGAAUAGAAAUGGAAUAGAAUAUAGAAAUGGGAAUGGGAAGGGAAUGGAAUGGAAUGAUCUCAUUGGCCAAGUGUGAUUGGAGAUACAUGGAAUGUGUCUCCAUUGGAUACGCUCUCAGUGUACAUAACAUAGAACAAGCAAUCAACUUUUGUCAGUGUGAACAGCAAAGUUAAGUAGGGAUUUGGAAAGUAAC